AUGACUGCAUCUGUAUCUGCUGUCGAACGGUAUAACUCUGUCGAGACUCUUCCUGAAGAUCUGAAGCACAAUCUCACACAUAUGCGAGAAUUGGAUCUCAAGGUUGAAAAUAUGUCCGAUAGUAUCAAGCGAAGGGUAGAUGUCAACUUCAAGGGGAAAAAGUUCGCCGUGGGCAGCACAACACCAAAGGGCAUGAAGGUCCAGAAAGACCGAGAAGAACUCAUGGAGAAGAUCUUGGCAGACUACAAUGAAGCGAUUCAGGUUUCAGAGAGCAAAUCAAAUCUCGCGGUGGAGACCUUCAAUCUAGUCACGAGGCAUAAGCAACGCCUAGAAAUCGAGAUAAAGAAGUUCAAACUUGAUCUGGAAAGGAAACAACCAGGUGUCACAGCAAUGGGAGAGCAGAGGUCUCGGCUACUCGACACAGUAAUCACACCGCAACCAAAUGCAAUUGCUGUUCUGGGGAAUACAAUAAAACGUCAGCGAGGAGUGGAGAAGUCGGUCGAACCGCCAGCAAAGAAGCAGGUAACAGAGACGAACGUGCGAACGGCGACUGGAUCUAUAGGGCGCUCUGGGUUGGCUCAAACCGCAACCAGCCAGAGACGGAUUAAUCGUGGCGCGUCUGCUGGUGCUGUCGCAACACCGACACCUACACCGGCGAUCAUCGUGCAACUGCCAAAGCCUACGGAAGAGACGUACUGUAUAUGCAACCAGGUGUCCUAUGGUGAAAUGGUGGGAUGUGACAAUGAGAACAGUUGUUUGCGCGAGUGGUUCCACUACAGCUGUGUAGGUCUCACCGAAGCGCCGAAAGGAAAGUGGUAUUGUCCCGAAUGUCGCGUGACUAUGAAACGACGGGGAAAGUUUUGAUCGGGCAAAAAUCACACAUAGACCUGCAAAAUUUCAGCUACCCGCUACCAUUUUACAUAUGAUACAGUAUUAUGUUUCAAGUUUCUCCUUCGAGACUUGCUAAACGGAAGAACCAUUUGAUAGAAAUAAUCCAACGGUCUCCAACAUUCGCCAGUACCCGUGUGUUGGAUACUUUUUCUGCUGGAGUAUUCGAUGCUUGCCAAUGAUCAUGGACAGGAUUUCCAACGGCAUCAGUGCGCUUUAUGCCUUUUGCAUCCCAUCCCUGGUAUGUUUUCUUCAUCUGAUUGAGGAGACUGGAUCUAUAGUUAUUCGACUGACUGGAAGCUUGAUAUAGGAUUCGACCCGUGUUUGGUGAUCUUGCGCGAGAAAUACUGUACGGGCUGUAUCCGGCCCUGAAAGCGACUACACACGACUAGAGGAUCGACGCUACUAUGACCGAUAUCGACAGGUAGUUGGUACACAAUUCCGGCUAUCAAGGUUCAGCCUGGAAUGGUGGCCCAGGGGAAAAUAUUUUCUGCGUUGACUACAUUGGUUGCUGGCUAUCAAGCUUCGACAAUCAAAGUUCGUGGCUGCUCCGUUCUCAGUACUGGAACUUCGCACCACAUAGGUGUGAUUUUGUUGGACAGCAAAUAGCUGCUAGAGUUGAGAGAACAACCCCAUCAUACACAGUUGACGCUUAAGCGCAAUCAAACCACCAACUGUGUCGAUGGAAAUGAAAGAUACCAACGCGAUGGCCGAAAUGUCCGCUUAAGGGCACAGGAGCGUCAGUUCCCUGCCAUGCAAGAUGCAAUCAAGACUUACAAAAUUGAUUGGAAUACCAAACGGUUUGACGAAUUUUGCCAACGUUAGUUGUUGAUGUGCGAUUGACAACCUCGGCAACAUAUGGUAUGCGAUGAGACAGCGCGACAGCCAUUUUGACUCGUACUUCCCACGCCUUCAAGACUAGAGUUUCGGAGCUUAUGCAGAGGCGGGCCUAUCCCGUUUUUCCUGCAGUGUGGCGUUGUCUACCCCAUGUAUUUCGCGACUGGACGCGGACCAGCGCACAAUACUUCUCAAUAUCGAACCAAAUGCACCGCUGUGAUACACAAUUCCAAUUCAGUCAGCGACCGCUACUCGGUCAGAAUGGGAAUCAGUAAUAAAAUAACUCGCACUCUACCAAAAGAACGGGAGCUAAAUGUAGAAAACUCGCAUGCUUUUUAUCGUCUCUGUUGCAUAAAAAAAAUUACUCUACUGUUCAUUUUUAACAGAAUAGUGAAUUUAUAAAUUGAAUCGUUCGACAACAUCUACAGAUGUACCAUCCACCCAGUCUGCGUCCGACAUGGUGCCGUGGCUGGCCAUGUACAUAAUGGUAGAUUUUUCCGUCGAGGCAGUGUUACUAUUGAAUCGACAUGAUCCAUCUAUUACGAACCGUCCUUCGACAGCUUGGGAAGAAUACUGACUAUACACACCACCCUCAGCCGCUGAAUAAUUGUCGCUGAAAUACGCGUUUUUCCAUAGGAAGGUACUGUUACUGUUAUGUAUAUUAGUGGAGAGGACACCACCACGUUCUUCAGAAUGGUUUUCCCGAUACACACCAGAGAUUGUAACCACACUAUUCUCCUCCAAAUGUAGAAAUCUCAACGCCCCACCUCUUGCGUUUUCCCCAUCGUCCUUGGCGAUAUUUCGUUCAAAGAGGCAAUCCUCUCCGACUGUGAAUGUCUUGAAAAUACCUUGAACGUGUAUUGCCGAUCCCUGGUUAGCUACAUUGUCACGGAAUGUGCUGUUUAGAAUAUACACUGACGAUUGCAUGUAGUCCAGAUACACUGCGCCCCCCAGCGAGUGUUUGCUCGCCCAUACUUCAUUAUAUCUCGCAGUAUUUCGCUCGAAGAUACCUCUGAUGGUGAUUAUGUAUGGCUCAAACAACGCGAUGACGGCGAUCGCCGCACCACCAGGGUAUGUGGAAGACGUGUUUCCCUUCAUUGUCAAAUCCUUGAAGGUACAAUCGCUUGUGGAUUCGAAACCGCGACUGUUGCCAACAAACACGCCAACUCCAGGGAGUGCACUGCGCAUGUUUUGCAUAUGCACAUUUUGCAAGGUCAAGUUGACACCUUGCUUACUAGGCCAUGUGACGUUUCCUAAUGAGCGAAAGCCACCCGCCAUGUUAUCACCAGCGGAUGUGAAGUCGAGAUCUUUUAUGGUUAUGAUAUGGCCAUCCGGGUUGAUUGCUUGAAGGAUGGAUGUCUCAUUAUUAUCAAAGGUGGCGAUGAGCUCUCCUGCAUCACUAUCACACUUUGCACCCUGGAAGCUAAGAAUCACUGUAUUAAUAUCAAUCGGUUCAGGAACCUCGUGCUUGCCUCCGAUCGUAAUUAUGUCGUUGUCUAUACUGCUGUUUACCGCGGCACCGAGGGAAGUGUAGCACACAGUACCAAUGACUGCCCCAGCACAAUCGCACGCACUCGUUACUAUAGUAAUUGUAUCUACAAGUUGUACUACAGUUGUAUUCGCAGGUUGUGCCACAGUUGUAUUCAUAGGCUGUGAGACAGUUGCAUUCACAGGCUGUACUACAGUUGCAUUCGCAGGUUGUGCCGCAGUUGUAUUCAUAGGCUGCGAGACAGUUGCAUUCACAGGCUGUACUACAGUUGUAUUCGCAGGUUGUGCCACAGUUGUAUUCGUAGGCUGCGAGACAGUUGCAUUCACAGGCUGUACUACAGUUGUAUUCGCAGGCUGUGCCACAGUUGUAUUCGUAGGCUGUGAUACAGUUGCAUUCACAGGCUGUACU